UAUAAUGAUCAGGGUCAGUUUUACUAUUUUGUGAAGGUCAUUGUUUUAAAAAUAAUUUAGGGAAAGUCAAAUGCUUUUCUUGCAAAUUAUCUUUUAGACUUUAUGCCAAAUCUUAUUAACUAACCCUAGAUAUGAGUCUUCCUAUUCCUAAUAUAAAACUUGAAAGCUUAAAAGUUGUGGCUACACUGUUUCAGUACAUCGUUUUGUCUGACUUUCGACCUCACUCUGAGAGGAGUCAUCAUUGAGAUCAAUGGAGACAACAGUUGAUACCACGAUUACUUGGGUGAUUAAAAAUUUCUCUUCUUUGCAAUCUGCACCAAUUUAUUCUGAUAUAUUAGUUGUUGGUGGCUGCAAGUGGCGUAUUAAGGCCUUCCCCAAGGGAUAUUAUAACAAUGAUAAUAUUUCUCUGUUUGUAGACGUUCCUCAUAAAGAAUCUUUACCUAUUGGAUGGAGAAGACACGCUAAAAUUUCUCUAACUUUAGUAAAUCAAUUUUCUGAAAAACUCUCUCAACUAAAAGAGAGACAGCAGUGGUUUAAUCAGAAGUUAUCUAGCUGGGGGUUUCUGGCUAUGAUUCCUCUCACUGAACUGCAUGCUAGAAAGGGAUUUCUGGUGAAUGGAGAACUCAAAGUUGUUGCCAAGAUAGAUGUUCUUGAAGUUGUAGGAAAAUUAGAUGUUUCACAGGAAUCGUUAUCAGUAGUGGAAACCGUAGAUGUCAAUGGGUUUCAAGUUCUUCCUUCACAGGUAGAAUCUGUGAAGCGUUUGUUUGAAAAACACCAAGAUAUUGUAUCAAAGUUUCGUCUAAAGAAUCCAUAUUUGAAGACGGCGUGCAUGAAUGUCCUCCUGAGUUUGAUCCAAACGUUGUGUCAAUCGCCUCAAGAACUCUCCAAUGAUGGUCUCUCUGAUGCAGGUGUUGCACUGGAAUAUUUGAUUGAAACAGGGCUUAAGUUGGAUUGGUUGGAGAAGAAACUUGGUGAAGUAAAGGAAAAGAAGAAGAAAGAAGAGGCGUGUUUAGUCCGGCUACGAGAAAUGGACGAACAGCUUCAGCCAUUUAAGAAGAGGUGCUUAGACAUUGAAGAUCAGAUAAGUAAGGAGAAAGAAGAGUUGUUAGCAGCUAGAAAACCUCUCUCUUUGUACGAUGACAUUGACAAUAUUGUCUAAUGACUUGAGAGUUCUUGGGCACUUAGAUUUAGGUUUUGGUAGGUGUUCUUUGCUUGCGUUUUGAUGUUUUAUCUCUCUUGAUGUGGAAACGUUUUGAGAUAUAGGAUAUUUCUAUAUUUUUUCUUUAAAAUUGUGGUGCUGACCUAACAACACAUUCUUCUCCUUUAAUAAAUUGAGGAUUAAUGAAAAACACUUGUUGAGAGUGAAUAAACAAGGCCUCGGCAAAAAAAACCGGACCCGAAAUCCGGACCGAU